AUGCAGCACGAGCCAUGGGUGGAUGCAGCGCCAGUGGAGGUGCUGCAGGAGUCGGACACGGUGCUGGUCGUCUGCAAGCCCAGCUCCAUGCCAGUGCACCCGUGUGGGCAGUACCGCAAGAACACGGUGCUCAGUGUGCUGCAGGCCUUCCACGGCUAUGGACAGCUCUUCCCCAUCCACCGCUUGGACCGCUCCGUGUCGGGCCUUCUCAUUCUCGCCAAGUCCGCUGCUGCUGCUGAAACCUUCCGACUGCAGAUGAUGAGUGGGCAGAUCCGCAAGCAGUACAUCGCGCGGGUCACCGGCACCUUCCCUCCCAACCCCGUGGAGGUGUGUGCGCCCGUGGUGUACGAUGCGCGCAUGGGCGUCAGCCGUGUGGUCUCCACACCUGCACCUGCACCUGCACCGCAGCCGGACCAGCACCUCACAGCGCUGCAGUCUAUGUGCGAUAAGGAAAGUGUGGGACAAGAGGGAAAGAUGGAGGAGAGAGAUGGAGGGGAGCAGGCGGAGAAAGUUGGGAAAUGUGAUGGUGAGGAGAAGGAAGCUAGGCCAAGAAAGGCACGUGAUGUGAGGAGGGCAAAGGCGAUGGCGAAGAGGCAGGCCAGGGCGCAGGCAAAGGGUGCAGAGGGGGGUGGUGGAGAGGGUGCGGAGGACGACAAGGAGAAGGCGGCAGUGACGGUGUUUGAGCGGCAGGCGGUGGCGGGCGAUGGCACGUGCAGCAUUGUGCGCUGCUCGCCCCGCACCGGCCGCACCCACCAGAUCCGAGUGCAUCUGCAACAUGUGGGCCACCCCGUGGGCAACGAUGACCUCUACCUGCCACCGCCACCCCAUGCGCCCUCUGCCCUGCUGCCCCUCCCCUCGACCCGCAUCACCUCCUCCUCUUCGCCGUCUACUGCCUUGAGCUCUUUGCCGGACAAGCUUGUAACCACUCCCGCCUCACAUGCUGCUGCUGCUGCUCAUUGCAAGGAUGAUGAUAAUCGCAGAAGCGGUGAUGGUGCCUCAGAUGCUGAGGUGAAAGGGAGUGGCAGAGGCACGCAUAGAACAGACGGCAGGGAUGUGCUGCAGGAAGCAGGUGGCGUGGAGGGCCGUGUGAGUGAGAGAGAGGGAAGACCGUUGGGGGUGCAUGAUGGCAGUAAAGGGGGCAAUUGCAGUGCAUCUGAUGACUUGGGUACUGUGAGGAUGUGUGGGGAAGGGGGGAGAGCAUGCAAGGCAGCGCGAGUGCAGCAGAGCGAGUGCGAUGGAGCUGCACCUUUCCCUGGAAGCCUGAACACGCACUUGGGCGGAGAGGAAGGGGGCGAGGCAAAGGAGCAGGAGAGAGGGAGUGGUUUAGCCGCACAAGGUGCACCUUCCUGUGGAGAUGAGCAUGGCGCAGCAGGUGCCACUGGGGGGGGGUCACACAUUGUGAGGGGCGUUACCAAGGAGGAGGGCAUUGGGGCGCUUGCAAUCGAGAUGGUGUUGAAUGAGGGGGUUACAGAGGGAGGAGUGAAGGAAGCGGAGGGCAAGGGAGAGGCUGUGAAGGCGGUGGUGGAGACGGCAGAGGGCAGUGCCGCAGCAGCAGCACAUCCAUCACCUGUCGCACUCCCUUCUAUCCCUCCGCAUCUCACCGACCCUCUCUGUCCACACUGCCCCCUCAUCCCUGCAGAGGGCGUGCAAGUGGAGCAACACCUGUGGCUGCACUGCUGCCGUUACUCGGGUCCUGACUGUAUUGGAAAAGGGGGAGGGAGAUGGAGGGAAGGGGAGAGAAGGGGAGAGAAGGGGGGGAAUGGGGAGGGAUGGAGGAAGCCGGGGGAGAGGAUGAGGGUGAGGGAGGGGAGGGGAGGGGGGUGA